AGACUGGCAGCUGCUCUCCAGUGUCUCAGGCUUUGCCCAGGUGUCAACGCCAUGCUCCGGAAAGUGGCCGUGGCGGCCGCCUCCAAACCCCAUGUGGAGAUCCGCCAAGACGGUGACCAGUUCUACAUCAAAACUUCCACCACCGUCCGCACCACUGAGAUCAAUUUCAAAGUAGGGGAAAGCUUCGAGGAAGAGACGGUGGACGGCCGAAAGUGCCGGAGUUUAGCCACGUGGGAGAACGAAAACAAGAUCUACUGCAAGCAAACUCUUCUGGAGGGGGAAGGCCCGAAGACAUACUGGACGCGGGAACUGGCCGGCGAUGAACUGAUCUUGACCUUCGGAGCCGAUGAUGUUGUAUGCACAAGAAUUUACAUACGGGAGUGA